AUCCGAUCGGACCGGACCGGAUGGCGACAGAAUCCGAAUCGUUUCCCAACGACAGUUUCCUGAGUAGCCCCAGACAAACAAAUGGAGAUUAUGCGACUUUAGUCGAUGGUUUGAUGGCAGUGCUCAAGGUGUGUUCGUUCCCAGCGGAAAAACUCUUGUGAAAAUUUCGAAUAUUGUGAAAACCGAAAGCAACAAAGCGGCGUCAUGUACUGCAGUACCCGACUGCUCAGAUACGUUCUGUGUGUCAUCAGUGGCAUUUGUGCCCUAGGUGGCUGCCUGCUCAUCUGGUAUGGCGCCUGGCUGCUGGAGAGCCUCUCCGAAGAGCAUAGGAUAAUGGGCCUGGAUCACGGCGAGGAUCUGGCCGCCUCGCUCUGCAUCCUCCUGGGCACCGUCAUCAUAGUGGCCAGCAUCUUUGGCUCCGUGGCCAUGGCCAAGGACUCCAAGACCCUGUUGAUCUGUUAUGCAGUUUUGCUGGUCUUAUUACUAAUCGUUCAGUUUGUGAUGGUCAGCAUAAGUUAUGCCGCCAGUCGAGAGUCUCUUCCGGAUUCUCUGAGACAGGGAUUCGAUGACUUGUGGGAUUUGCAGCAUGACGGCAACAGCACACUAAACACUUACGAGGCGUGGCUACACUGCUGCGGUCGUAAUAGUGCCGAGGACUAUCUCCAUCUGGACAAGAUGCCUCCCCCGAGCUGUUGUCUCGAUCAGGACUGCUCGAAUAUAUUGGGUCUCUUUAUGGACGGAUGCGAAAAUAAGUUCAAGGAGUAUGUCAGCGGAAAGACCGCGAACUUCCACACUUUAAGUUGGUUCCUUAUACUCUUCGAGUUUGCCGGCUCGGUGACCACCUGCUACCUAGUAGACAGCAUUCGCAAUCAUCGCGACCGCAUACGAUUCUAUAAUUAAUUUAGUUUUAGGUGUUUCGCACGAACUGUAUUAUCGUUAUUCGUUGUGAGUAAUUUCCUAGCCAUAGAGCCCUGGCGAAUUGUGAUUGUAAUGUACGAUGAUUAAUCAAGUUAGUACUAAAGAUACCAAGUAUUCAUUCAUAAAACUGUAAACUGGCACCCACGCCUACAAAUAGUUCGAAACGAAAAUAAAUAAAAACCCGUUGCCAUUGACAAAACUUUUACAAGAAA